AUGCAGCCGGAGCACUCCAUCAGAAUCAAUCCUCUCACCAACAACAUACUCUUUAAUGCCCGAAUAUCAAAGGUCCCAGAUAAGAAAAUCAACUUACUUAUCAAUCCAGACGGCUUGCAUCUGGACAGCCUAGAACAUAACCGAGCCUACCUACUCGAUAUUAAGUACCCUAAGAACGCUAUCGUCGAUGACACGCGAGCACGUGUUUCGUACAAUGGAACUAAUCUUAGCGUACGCGUGCCUGUCCUCAAAUAUGACGGAAUGGAGGAGGACGAGACAAAAGGAUACCGGGGACUAGUUCGAAGAGUACUCUUGGAGGAGAGUGAUAGCUCGCACCGGACAGACCACGCGAGCCAGCUGAUAGUGGGAGACGACGAUGAGACUUCGGAGGAAGGAGGUCUCAAAGAGCCUCGUAAGACGGUUUCAUCCGUGCGUGCGAGAGACAAGAUCCUUGCGAAGAACACACCAGUCUCAGAACCAUAUGUUGCUAGAAUUCCCCUGAAGCACCGGCCAUCCACAAAAAGGCCGGACCUGCAUCCUGUUAUCGCCUUCCAGAAGCAGGAGAAGUAUGUUACAAGCCAGGACGAGCUCCUCCGACUCGCUCGUAAGGUUGCACAUGUUGAAGAAGCAAAGUACUCAGCCAGAUUGGAGAAGAAGAAGAAGGACGAGGCCAUGCUCACUCAACACAUGGAGGCCAGAGAGCAGCGAAAGGCGAUGAAGAAGUCAAAAUCACGGCUCGUCGUCGAGCGUGCCAAGGCUCGGUUGGCCAUGGGAGAUAAGAAAACAAAGAGCGGGAAGCGGGCGCUUCAGCGUCAGUCAAAGGUCUGA